GUGGUCAAAAAGCAUACUACAUUUUGCGAAUUUUGUGAUUCUUUUCAUCUUUCCUGCUUCUCCCUCUCUCUUUCUCUCUCCUUUUCUUUUUUCCUCUUUUAGACUCAAAUUUUUCCUUUCUAUCUCCCAGUCAUGGACCUGUUUGUAUUCUCUCUUCUCUUCACUACAUUCUGUCUACUAGUAGCUGCUCUCUACCUCAGUCAAUACAUCCAGUCAAAAUGGAGAAGAAGGAACAGCCCAGAGAUAAAUAAGGAGCUGUUCCUCCAGUGGAUCAAUGAUCAUUGGUAUCGUCUCCCGUCAGAUCAAGAGAUAUUAUCCCUCAUCAAUGAACAAGCAAAAGAAGUAAACCCAGUCAAAGGAGGAGAGCAAUGGUCUGGUUUGUUCAUUGAGGGACUGUUGGCUGGGACUGAACUCCCUUCAUUUCAAAUUAAAGAUAUAUUAACAUAUGAAGAAGAUAAGCUGCAUUGUCAAGUGUUAAUUGAAUGGCCUGAUUGUCUCCCUGGGCUUGAAGUAUCUGUUGAUUUGAAUAGUGAAAAGAUUGUAUGUCAUUUGCAAGUUGAUUGGCUUAUACUUGAGGGUGAUUUGAUGAUAGUUCCAGUGUCAGAGGACGGUGCCUUGUUGUCUUGGAAACAAACGGGCCCUCCUUCUUCUGCUAUGUCCUGUUUGGUUGUUUCCCCCGAGAAAUGGAAAGCAAAUGUCGACAUCAUGAAACCUGUUCUUGUUGAAGAAGACAGAGAAACUGAGGCUUCAGAGAAUUUAUCUAGUUCAGUGACUGAAGGAGUCCUUUCAUUGUUAGAAUCUUUUGAACUAAAAGACGUUCGACUUCCUUUGCAUACUGGAGAGAAGGAAGAGGAGGAGAAAGAAGAGAUAGGAUUGGUCGAGGAAGGAGAGGAGACAUUGACUGAGGAAGAGAUGAAAGUGGAAGCAGAAGAGAAGGAAGAGGAAGAGGAUAAAGAAUCAGCAGCUAAGGAAGGGAUGGUUUAUGAUGAAGGAGAGAUUGAGAAAAAGACAAUAAAUGAAGAGGAAAUGUUUGGCAUUUAUAAUGAAAAUGACGAAAAUAAAACAAACAAAGGAAAAACAUCAUCACUCAAUAUGGCCAUGGUUAUAUCUCAUUCAGUCAUUUCUACUGAUCCAAUCUUCACAGCACAGAAAACCACACCUACCACCAAUACUACAGCUCCUGUCACAAUGACCACACUCACCACCAACGAGCCUCUAACGACACCCCAAGUCAUAUGCAGUUCUGAAUCUCCACCAGUCACAAAGCAAAAAACCCCACCCAAAAGUCCACCCAAAACUCCGCCUAUCAUUAAAACCCCACCCACUGAAAGAAAAGCUCCCCUUUCAAUUUCAGUUCCUGAAGCUACGCCCAUUGAGACAGAAGCCCUUCCCACCUCAACUGCCCUGGGUAACGGUAGCGUCCAUGCUAAACCUUACCACUGGCUAGGAGAGCUACCAGUUAUUAGUGAACCAAAAGAAGAAGAAGAAGAGGAGGAGAAGGAGGAGGAGGAGGAAGAAGAGAGAAUAAAGUCCUCAAUACCUAUCAAUAGGACGGAGUCUCCUUCUACUUGGAGGAGAAGUGAUUCGUACGAAAACUUUCAAGUAACUGAUCUCAUGCCACAGAUAUCACAGAGUCCGAUGUCACCAAGUCCGUUGCUUCAUUCGGCCACACCUCCUCUGACACGCCCAUCCACGCAGCGUUUGUAUCAGACCACGCCUCCUCCACGCCCUCACUCUGCUCAGCGUAACUAUCCCUCGUUGCUAAAGGUAGCUCAGAGCGAGGAGGACCUACUCAGCGAGAGUGACGAUCAAAAGAGAAAGAAAAGACGACAAAUGACGCUGAGUGUUCGUAGCUACGACACAGACACUCCAGUUAGUACCGGUCACUUACCCUCAAUGUUAGUGUACGAAGUGGAGGAAGGGACCCAGAGAAGACAUAUUGUGGCACUUAACACUUUCCAUGCAACGAAGCUUAGGAAGCAGUUACCCUCGUACACUAAGCUCCAUAUUUAUAAUGACCAUACUUUCACAGCUACACACAUUAAAGGGAAGCAGCUGUGUGGAGUCUGCAGUGACAAAGUGACUGGAUUGUUUGGUAAACAAUGUUACAUAUGCAGAGAUUGUUCCCUGAUUGUACAUAAAGAGUGUCAUUUCAAAGUUGAAGCUCCCUGUCCCAAAUCAAAAGUAUCAAAGAUGUGCCUAAUUGAUCCAGAUCGUCUUUCAUCAAUUUCUCAGUAUUAAUUUUAACCCUCUCAACUCAUCUGCCACACUCAUUCAAAAUUAAACAUAAUUGCAUUUGCCUUUCCUCCUCCUCCUGCUUUUUCUCUCUCUCCCCCUCUCUCGCUAUACAGCUGACCACACCCAUUACAGAUUAAUA